AGGUGUCAAUCUAAAGGUCAGAGUGCAGCCGCCAUUUUGAGAUCCAGAAAACGGCAAUAUUUACAUGUGAACUGGAGAAAUACAUAGAUAGUUAGGCAUAUCUGCCGGCUAAUUUCAAAUGAUGCAACAGCAGUCCAUGGGUAUUUAUUGACGUAAUAAUGUAAAGGAGGAGUACUUCAGGAAGAGGUUCAGUGAUGAGGAGCAGGCCAGCAAGAUCAUCUCCCACAUCAAGACCUCACGAAGCCUCCACAUCAUGUGCCACAUCCCAGUCUUCUGCUGGAUCACUGCUACAGUUCUGGAGGAUGUGAUGAAGACCAGAGAGGAAGGAGAGCUGCCCAAGACCCUGACUGAGAUGUAUGUAGAAUUCUUGGUGUUUCAAACUUAUCAGACAGAAGAGAAGUAUGACCAAAAAAAGUUCAAUCAGUACAUUACGUCAUUAGCAAAACUGUCUUUUCACCAGCUGGAAGAGGGCAAUCUGAUCUUCUAUGAGAAAGAUCUCAAAGAGAGUGGCAUUGAUGUCAGUGAAGCCUCAAAGUGCUCAGGAGUGUUCACAGAGAUCUUCAAAGAGGAACGUGGGAUGAAGAAUAAAAAAAAAAUCUUUAGCUUUGUCCAUCUGAGUGUUCAGGAGUUUCUGGCAGCGUUCUACGUAAGAAUGAAAGUCAUUAACCGAAACAAGAAUGUGAUGUUGGAGCCAGGGCAAACUUGUGGCAAAACAUCUAUAACAGAGGUCCACAGGUCUGCUAUUGACAAGGCCUUGAAGAGUUCAAACGGACACCUGGACCUGUUCCUCCGAUUCCUCCUGGGUCUUUCACUGGAGACCAAUCAGGCUCAUCUAGAAGACCUACUGACAAUGAAAAGUAGCUCACAGACCAAUCAUGAAACAGUCCGCUACAUCAAGAAGAAGCUCAACGAGAAACUGUCUCCAGAGAAAAGCAUGAAUCUGUUCCACUGUCUGAAUGAACUGAAUGAUGGUUCUCUAGUGGAGCAGAUCCAACAGUUCCUCAGAUCAGGACGUCUCUCCACAGAUAAACUGUCUCCCGCUCAGUGGUCAGCUCUGGUCUUCAUCUUACUGACAUCAGGAAAAGAUCUGGACGUGUUUGACCUGACGAAAUACUUUGCUUCAGAGGAGACUCUUCUGAGGCUGCUGCCAGUGGUCAAAGCCUCCAACAAAGCUCUGCUGAGUGGCUGUAAUCUGUCAGAGAGAAGCUGUGAAGCUCUGUCAUCAGUCCUCAGCUCCCCGUCCUCUAGUCUGAGAGAGCUGGACCUGAGUAACAACAACCUGCAGGAUUCAGGAUUCAGGCUGCUGUCCGCUGGACUGGAGAGUUCACACUGUCAACUGCAAACCCUCAGGUUGAGUGGCUGUAAUCUGUCAGAGAGAAGCUGUGAAGCUCUGUCAUCAGUCCUCAGCUCCCCGUCCUCUAGUCUGAGAGGGAUGAACCUGAGUAACAACGACCUAAAGGAUUCAGGAGUGAAGCUGCUAUCUGCUGGACUGGAGAGCCAACACUGUCAACUAGAGAUUCUCAGGGUUGAACCUGCUGGAGAUCAGUGGCUGAAACCUGGUCUGAGGAAGUAUGCCUGUGAACUCACAAUCGACACAAACACAGUGAACAGAAAGAUCAAACUGUCUGACAACAACAGGAAGGUGACACGUGUGGUGGAGGAGGAUCAGUCAUAUCCUGAUCAUCCAGACAGGUUUGACUCCUGGCCUCAGCUGCUGUGUAGAACUGGUCUGACUGGUCGCUGUUACUGGGAGGUCGAGUGGAGAGGAAUAGUUUAUAUAUCAGUGAGUUACAGAGGAAUCAGAAGGAAAGGAGACAGUGAUGACUGUAGGUUUGGAAAGAACGAUCAGUCCUGGAGUCUGAGGUGCUUAUAUGGUCGUUACUCUGUCUGCCACAAUGACAGUACAACACAACUCCCCUCCUCCUCCUCCUCCUCCUCCUCCUCCUCUGGUAGAGUAGCAGUGUAUGUGGACUAUCCUGCUGGCUCUCUGUCCUUCUACAGAGUCUCCUCUGACACACUGAUCCACCUCCACACCUUCUACACCACAUUCACUGAACCUCUUUAUCCUGGCUUUGGGGUCUGGGCCUACUCUGGUUCAGUGUCUCUGUGUUCUGUGGAGGGAGAGUCUCCUCCUCUGUAAAAACUCACUCUGCUGACGAUCAGAUUCAGAUCAAUAGAACAAAAUAUAAUCAACAAAUAAAUCACUUUUAUAUAUUAUUAUGGAGAAAACAAUGAACCUUUAUUGAUCCCUCGGUGAAACUCAGAAAUGAAUACUUCAGUACUGUGAGAAGAAUUCAUCUGGACGGACUGCCCUGGUCAGUAGGUGUCUUAGAAGGACACUAUAUCGAAAACAAUGUACAAAAAAGACCAAAAACAAAUGAAUAAAGUAACUUAAAGAGGCUACAGGGAUCUGUGGCUCUCCAAAGCUUGCGCCUACUGCACACGUGUCCUACACUGAGUACACACACACACACACACACACACACACACAUAGUCACCACGUAUGGUUCAAUACAUACAGUAAUGUCAAAAUACACACACAAAGAAGAUUGAUCAGCAUCAGUCUGGGGCCUCUUAGCUCCUCUCGUGUUCUUUAGUUGAUAUUUCAUAAUCAAUAAGAGUAAUCUAAAGGUUAAGCAACCUCUUCUUCUGUGGUGUGCUACAGGUUGCAUAAGGCACCUGAGGACCAUUGUAACCUUUUUAUAUGAAUUGUAUGAACCAUAUGAACUAUCAUCAACCUCAUGUUGUUGGAUUGCUUGAAGGUGACUCUUGCUUGGGGACAGGGCUCCUCCCUCAUCAAGGUAGCAGUCAGACAACGCUGCCUAAAGAGUACACAUGUUGAGAGGUUUACUCUGCUAUAUAAUCUAAGCUCGUAUAAUCGGUUGUCACUGUGAUAUCAUGUUUUCAUUGUGUUGAACCAAACCGUGAGCAAGAGCGUCAUAAGUCCAGAGUACAAGUAGGAACCACUAAAUUCAGCCUUGAAAGAAGAAGUCGACUAAAGGCCUUAAGCAGGCCACGCAGCCUGUCAGGGGGGUGCAGUGCUCCGCGGCUCAGGCUGAUAUCAACCUUCGAUUUUGUCAAAUUGAGGCUGGCUCUUCGGCUUGUGCGCUGGCAGAGGAAAGGGAAGGUGCAAGUCUUAACUGGUGUUAGAUUUUAAAUUGAACUUUUCUCCGGACUUUUGGCACGACACUUUGCUCACUGGUGAAGGCUUCACUCUAUUCGGGUGUUGCAAACUGUGUGUCAAACAUUUUCCUCUGUAUUUGUAACCAAAUAGAUAUACUUUGAAUCGAUUUAAAUAAACAAGUUAAAGCUUAUUUUCUACGGCUCCAUCUUUUCAUCUCGAUCGGGACAAAGAACCUAGAGAGAGGGGCCUCUUCUACGGGGUACCGCUCAGCCCCUGAGGUAAGCUGAAGAUGCUCACACCACGGCACACGUACUGAUUUCAACACACACACACACACACACACACACACACACACACUCA